CUUAAUUAAACGAUAACAAACAGAGUUUGGUUUUGGGUUUGGGUUUGGGUUUGAAGAGGAAGAGGCGUCUUCGUCGUGGAGACCCAGAACCCAGAUUGGCAGCCAUAACCCCAAUCCCCCCAAGUCUCACCUUCUCCCCGCUCCUCAGGCUCACACCAUGAAGUCCAUCUUACGAGCCGGAUGUAUUCGAUCCUCAACCUCUCCGUUUUCCAUAAAAAUCCGCCCGUCAUCAUGUUAGCCACCGCCGCUGCUGCUGCCUCUUCUUGGCUUUGUUCCAGCCGAACCCGCUUUGUCUUUGUCUUGCUUUGUUCCCCCCUCCUAGUUCCCAUUUUCUGCGCUACUUUCCCCUUCAUCUGUGCCAUAGAGCUCUGCAUCCGCCUAGCUCGUCACAGGCGAAGCAUAUCUCUUCGUGAUUCCCCAGAAAUCGAACGGUUGCGGCGAUGCGAGGAAGGCGGCUGCGCAGCAGCGCUCCCGGAGGACGGGGAGGAAGAGAUCGGUCUAUUACAAAGGUACUUGGAUGACCAGUUACUACUCGUUCGAUCUGUUUAUGAAUGUGGUGAUGGUGACAACGACAUAAAUGGGGAUGCGAGAUUUUGUGACUUUAAAAAUAGCAAUGUAAUUCCACUAUUAGGUUGAUAUCAAUUCACUUUCUUUUUUUCGGUGUUUUUGUUGCUAGUGUAAAUGUCAUCAAAUUGUUGAGAUUUUGUGAAUUUUUAAUGGGUUCAGAAUAUGUUCUGCGAUUAGAAUUUGGGUUUGAUCUUAAAAUUUAAACCUGAGAUGAACAGAUGUUGUGGACCAUCUAUUUGAGUUGAUCAAUGUAAAAUUAAUUGUUCGAAAA